UACCUGCACCGCAGAUCAUCAGAACCCACACCGCCGUCCCAAUCUCCCACCAAGAAACCACCGCACUCCCGCCCAGGCCGCCGACCUCCAGCUCCGAUGGCCCGCACGAAGCAGACGGCGCGCAAGUCCACCGGCGGCAAGGCGCCGCGAAAGCAGCUGGCGACCAAGGCGGCGCGCAAGUCCGCCCCGGCCACCGGCGGCGUGAAGAAGCCGCACCGUUUCCGCCCUGGAACCGUCGCGCUGCGCGAGAUCCGCAAGUACCAGAAGAGCACGGAGCUGCUCAUCCGCAAGCUCCCCUUCCAGCGGCUGGUGCGGGAGAUCGCGCAGGACUUCAAGACGGACCUGCGCUUCCAGAGCUCCGCCGUGUCCGCGCUGCAGGAGGCCGCCGAGGCGUACCUCGUCGGGCUCUUCGAGGACACCAACCUCUGCGCCAUCCACGCCAAGCGCGUCACCAUCAUGCCCAAGGACAUCCAGCUCGCCCGCCGGAUCCGAGGGGAGCGCGCCUAGCCUCCGAAUGCUUCCUGCCGCCAUGGUCCCUUCUUGGUUGAUCCUGAGGGGAUUUAUUUCGUCCACCUGUGCGUCGAGUUGUUUAGGUUCUACUAGUCGAUGAUAUGGUCCUGUGAUGUUGAUUACCUAUUGGGAAAUUGCAAUGGAUGUGAAUGUGAUAUAUUUUAUCCUCAUUUCAGAGAUCUGGUGAAUUGAAUUCUCUGCUUGGAUGCUAUGUCUGGUGAAUGAUUCUGUACCAUCCUAGGAAUGGUUCUGUUUGUGUAUCAGAAAUUUGCAAUCGACAAUUACUGUGGAGAUUGCAGAAUUUUGUACAU